UUUCCAUGAGCCGGUAAAGAGCACAAGAGAAACUUUUCAUAGAAUUGUAUACAAAAUGAUGUCAAAAGCUGUUUCAAGCGAAGAAUUGUAAAACCUCAGACGAAACUGACAGGCUAUCAGAUUGACAGACUAGAUUAAACCUGCCAGGAAACUGUGACACUUAAAGCCAGAAAGUAAGAGGAAAUCAAGCACUCGGUAAUCAAAACUGGUGGAGACAAUGGAGAGGGUGAGCAGCUUGGGGGUCUUCAUCCUGUGCCUUUCUGCAGCUGUCAAACUGAAAGGGUCAAACAUGGGCAUCUUCAAGCUACACUUUGUGAAGGCCAACCAUAGUGGAGAGGCCAGCCUGGCAUGUGGGUUUGAUGGCCGUCAAAUGGGUGAAGAAUUCCAAGUCGUCCUGUAUAAAGGCAUGCAGAGUAAAGACACCGAGGUUUGUACAACUUCCUUCAUCAAUGGUACAAUUAUAGAUUCGGUGAGAAAGGGCCUGUACCACUGCCAAGUUUCGCUGAGUCAGAACAACAUGUCGAUAACCAUCCGGGGCCUCAAUGUGACUGACACAGACAGGUACAUCUGUCAGGUUUUGAAGACACAUCCACCACCAUUUCAUGAGAGCGCUGGGCAAUGGACUAUCAUCUACAUCAACCAGGCAAUCACCUGUCCCGAAGACGGUGAAGCCACUGAGGGGUUCUUGCCGACAAUAAUUCUUAUCGUACUUGCUGCACUACUGCUCCUGUACAGCACAUCCUUGACGUUGUUGUACUGUAAACACAAGAUGAAGGACGAUACUAUUUACAUAAAUGUACGGAAGUAGCAGCAUUGUGGAGUGAUCAGAUGUUCUUCAUCCCUUCAUCUACAGUUCAUGUGA